UUCACCAAUCUUAAGACCCUGUUUGUUCACCCCCUAUUUUCUCAAAAGCUAAAUCUACCAAAGAUCCCGUUUUUGGCGGGGAGAUGCCCUGCUUUUCUAGUCCCACCACACCCCUGACCAACAAAUACCUCUCUCUCUCUCUCUCUCUCUCUCUCUAUCUCUCUCUCUAGGUUCAUAAUUUCAGAUGACUGCAAAAACAACCCACCAUCUUUGGCUUCAUUCGUGUAUGCUCUCUCCUCUCCUGACACUCAUAUGUCCUCUCCAAAAGUACUUUUUCACUAAAACCCUAAAACUUCUGCUAAAUCCAACCCACCCUCCAUUUUUAGUGCUCUGUUAUUACCCAACUCCACUUUAUCAGCUCAUUCUCUCACAUCACACCAAAACAUUUAUCACCAUAGCCUCCAUUUCAACAAAACCCAGUCCUCUCCAUUGUCGGGUUCAUCAAAAACCAACUUUUUCUUCAAUGUGAUUCAAAAUUUUCCCAUUUUUAGCAAAACCCAGUUCCUAAAAUCCAAGUUUGGCAGUGAAUCAGAGAUGGAUUGUGCUGUUUUCUUCAAUUUUAUCCAAAAUUUCCCAUUUUUAGCGAAAACCCAGUAACCCAAAUCCGAGUUUGGCAGAGAAACAGAAAUGGGUUGUGCUGCUUCCAGGUCGAGUGACGAAGACGACGACGUCGUGUCUCUGUGUAGAGAGAGAAAGCGUUUGAUGAAGUCAGCUGUGGAGCUUCGAUACAAGCUCGCUGAUGCUUACUGUAAGUACAAUCAAUCGCUCCACGCAGUUGCAUUGGCCAUAAGGUUGUUCGUAGCUCGUCAUUCCUCUCCAUCUUCACCGUUUCUCAUCACCUUCCCUUCACGCUCUGAACCAAAGAACGAAACCCUAGUCUCCAACCCCAUGUACCUUCAACAGAGACCCUCUGAGUCCAAGACCCAUGAAGCCGUUCCAUGUAAGUCCCCUGUUAAUAGGGUUUCUUCUCACUCGUCAAAUCUAGAGAAAGAAAAUCUAGAGAGAGAAGAGGAUGAUAAUGAGGAUGAAGGAGGAGAGGUUUGUGAGCAUUUUUAUGGCGGUGAGGACCCACCAAUGCCAUCACCAGAGUUUGAUUUUGGGUGGGAUUUUUUUAAUCCGUUUGAUGGGGUGAAAACAGAGGUGGUCAAUGGGUUUAGUCAAAGCUCUGAUGAUGAUCUGAGGGCUGUGAGGGAGGCAGAGGGGAUACCAGAGUUGGAGGAGGAGGAUGAAGAGAGAGAAAGUUCUGGAGAGAGAAAGGCUGUAAUGGAGGAUGAUGGAGAGAGAAAGGCUGUAAUGGAGGAUGAUGGUGAUGUGGGACAUGAGGAAGAAGCGAGAACAACAGUGGGUGAUGCUAAGUUGAGCCAGGGGGAACACAAGGGACUUAAAGUGAUUGAUACUCCUACAAGUGGGAGAGAACUGUUGGAGGCACUGAAAGAUGUGGAGGACCAUUUUAUUAGGGCUUAUGAUUCUGGUGUGGAGAUUUCUAAGAUGCUAGAGACGAAUGUGGUUCAUCUUCAGCCUGAUUUGGAGGAAAUUAAAGAGAGCUCAAGUAAACUCACGCAAUCAAUCACGUGGAGGAGGUCCACUUCAUUGCGAUCUUCGUCAUGCAAGAGCUUUCUCGCAUCUGCCUCCAAAAGUUCUUCAACAUGGACAGAAUUCGAAAGCAAUCUUUUUGAUAAAUAUGGAGGAAUGGAAUCAGGGAGUCAUUCGUUGACGCUAGGAAGAUUACAUGCUUGGGAGAAGAAGCUCUAUGAAGAGGUGAAGACUGGAGAGCAAACUAGGAAAAUUUAUGAACAAAAAUGCUCACAGUUGAGGAUCCGGGAAGCUGGGAGGGAGGGCAAUGAUUCUAAGGAUAAAAUCAGAGCUGAAGUGAGAGAUCUACAUUCCAGAAUCAUGGUUGCAAUACGAAGUGCUGAAUCAAUCUCAAAAAGAAUUCACAAACUAAGAGAUGAAGAGUUGCAGCCACAACUUAUUGAGUUGCUACACGGUCUGAUGAGAACUUGGAAAAUAAUGCUGGAGUCGCAUAAAACCCAAAACCGAACCAUGUUUGAAGUGAAAAUUUUCACCUGUCCAGAAUAUGGUAAAUUCUGCAGUGACUCUCACCGUCUUGCCACUCUUCAACUCGAGGCAGAACUUCAGAAUUGGCGUGCUUGUUUUGCUGGAUUUGUUUCUGCUCAAAAAGCAUAUGUGGAAGUUCUCAACGGAUGGUUAUCCAAGUUUAUUAUUCCAGAAGUUGAAGUUUGCUCCAAGAGUAGGACUUCUAUCCCACCAUUUCAAAUCAAUGGGCCACCAAUGCUUGUGAUUUGUCGUGAUUGGUUAUCUUCUUUGGAGAAUUUGCCUUUUGAUUCAGUAAUGUAUUCGAUGAAAAGCUUCGGGAAGGAUAUUCAGGUUUUGUGGGCUCAGCAAGGAGAAGAGCAGCAACAGAAGAGGAAGGUCGAUGGACUUACAAAAGAACUUGACAAGAGGGUUCUCGAGUUGAAGAGGGCGGAGAGCAAAAUUCUUGAGUCGAAUUUUUCUGAACGAAUGACCGAAGCAGAUAUGCGACAUCGGGUUGAGUACUUGGCUGAAAGGAAAAGUGCGUUGGAGGCAUUCAGGAAGAGGCUUGAUACUGAGAAGGCAAAACAUCAUGACACCAUGCAAGAGACUCAACAAAUUACUUUAAACGGAUUUCAGACAGGAUUUUCCUCAGUUUUCGAGUCAUUGAUGGAGUUUUCAAUGGCCUCUAUGAUGAUGUAUGCUGACCUUGUGGGAUACUACAAAAAUCCUAAGGCGGGAGAUGAGAAUGGUGUCCAUACAUCCAUAGAAGGGUCGGGCUGUUAAUAGUAAGCCCUAGCAGGUGUUGGAAAUAUAUUUUCAAAUUAUUUUUUGAAAUGUUAUAUAUAUGUCGGUGUUCAAAUAUGAAAAGGUGGCCUCUCUGAAUCACUCUUUGGGUGUUCUCUAUUAAUCUUAGGUAUUCUCUAUCAUGCAUAUCUCAGUGUUCUGGAUUGUAGACUUGUAGUGAAUAGUGCAACGUUCAACUACAACAAGAGGAAUUUCACUAAAAAGAAAGCUUAGGUGCCUGGAGCCUUUCAGAUUGCUGUCAGAACAACAAGAUGAAUACGGAUAAUCGAAAGGUGUUUAUUGAUCUCGGAUUUUUUUGGAUGCCAUUCAAGAAGAGGCUUUGAUUAGACCAGAUUUUCCUCAGUUUUCGAGUCCCCAAGAGAGUUUUCAAUGGCCUCUAUGAAGAGGUAUGCUGAACUUAUGGUAUCCUCUAAAAGUGCUAAGGUGGAAGAUGAGAAAGGUGACUAUACAUGGAAGGGUCAGGGCAAUUGUAUGUUUAGGGGUCAAAGCAGCUUGCUGGGAUAUAUAUAUAUAUAUAUAUAUAUGGUAGGAUCUUGUAAGCAAGCAAGAGGGCUCAAUGUUUAUUAUGAACAAAUAUAUAAUGCUUGCCUCCAAAUUUUGUCAAAGAAACUGAAUGACUCUGAUUCAGUACUGUCCCUAGCCCAAAAUUGGCAAGGGAGUUUGGGUUGUAAUGUAAAUCUUGCUGUAAGUAUUUCAUUUUGUGCUGCUAUGUAAUAGAAUUGAGUAUUGCAGUAUU